AUGCUGAACGACUUCUUCAAUGUUUCCAUACAUUCGCAUACUUCCCGCUCUGUAGUGCAAGCAACAGUCGACAAGCGCGCGCUCGCGACAAUACCAACGUACGACCACUCCUAUGGUACGACCCUCUCUUCGACGCUGUCCACCCCACGUGCAUUUACAUUCCUUAGUGCAGCGGACAACACCAUAUCGAACAGAAGCAGUGGACCGCCACUUACCCCUCCUGAGCAGAGUCCGUCAAUACAUUCCACUUUGCCUUCUCUGUUCGAGCCGCCUGAAUCAACUCAUUCAACGCUCCGGAUCUCAACCUGCAUGCAUCACUCACACUCGCUGCACGCCGUCGCAGUACGUGCAGCCUCAACCUCCACAACCCGCUCGACCUCAACCCCCACACACACACACAAUUUGACUCACAGGUCCCGAGCGACAACCAAACGUGGUGACGAGGACUACAUCAAACGGCCCAAGGAUGCGUUCAUCCUUUUCCGACACGAAUUCUGCUCACGAAAGAACAAGGCAGAGGCUGCUAGUGGUGCCAUCGGCUGCUCCUUCGGCCAUGUUUUCCGUCUGCUGACGCACGUUGCGGAGCACUUGUGCAACCUCCUUGUCUUGAGUACGACGCUCUUUGUCCUGAGUACGACGCUCUUUCGUCUUGCACGCGCCGUUGCUCAAGUAUGUCUACGAGAGCUUCUUCGAGUUGCUGUGCCAUGGGACAAGUAA